GAAAAAACGCGCUCAAACGUACGUGGCAACCGGUUUGAUACCCUGAUAGUCCUCAAUAUCACGGCAGGACUGUUUGCGAUGACCAAUCAGUGAUAUUCUACGGGCGUAUAUGCCAAAUUACGCAAAAUCUACUUCAGCGUCAUCUGAUCCACAAGCGAAGUGAUUGUCAGCGUUUCGCCAAGCACGAUGUUCAUGACAUUUGUAUUGUAAACUCUUCCUCGCCCUCGUCUUUGGGCAGAAUUUCAUUCCCAGAAUCCUACUAGGUUAAUCGAAGCCUAACGCCAUCAUGUCUCUACCAUGGCUGAGCCAACCGGUCAUGUUGCACUCCAGCCGCGAUGCCGGAACUUGCUCUAUGACACCUGAGCAAUGUGCUUUCAAGACUGGCUACUGGGUGUUUUGGUACGAGGCUGAUCAUCGAUACGGACUACCCACCAUUGCUUUCUUCGUAACAGCAAUUUUGCUUGUAGCUAUUGCCAGCUUUGCCUCAACAUACGCCCCGAUAUCGUGGAGAAGAAACACACUAUGGCUACGGAUCUUGUCAUCAGGCCGUCUCUUGUCCUACAAGAGCUGGCGGCUUGGUUUCUGGAACACCCAGUCCCUAGGCACAUAUCUACUCGGCGCUGCAGGUGCUGUGUUCUUCUUAGCAAUGACCCUUGGUCCUCAGCCCUACUACUGGCCUAACACAAAACAACUGAGCUUCGGAAACUCGCCGCCAAUUGCCACUCGUGCCGGUUACAUGGCUUUGGCAUGUAUGCCAUUUCUUUUCAUUCUAGGCGCGAAGGCCAACCCGAUUUCAGCCCUGACCGGUAUAUCCCAUGAGAAACUCAAUAUCUGGCAUAACUGGGUGGCAUGGGCUAUGUUUGUACUUGCGCUGGUCCAUACGUUUCCCUUUAUCGUGUUUCACAUCUGGAAAGGCGACAUAGUUAAGCAGUGGAAUGAUGGAGGCAUGUGGGUUACAGGCGUCAUUGCUAUUCUAGCUCAAGCAUGGUUGACGUUCAUGUCUAUUCGUUGGGUCCGGGACCGAUACUACGAGCUGUUCAAGGCGACUCACCUCUUUGCCGCCGCUGUCUUCUUCAUUUUCUUCUUCAUUCACUGCGACUUCCGUCUCACCUCAUGGGACUAUUUCAUCGUCACAGCUGUGCUGUACGGUCUGUGCUUCUUUUACUCACAAUUCAAAACCUUCAUGGAGCACGGUGUCAAUCACGCCCGAGUAUCACUCGUCACACCACAUUGUCUAAAGGUCGUCAUCGAAACCAAUACCCGGUGGACACCGGGACAACACGUGUAUCUGAGGUUCCUCACUGGCGGCAUGCACUCACUAACUGCCCACCCGUUUACGAUCUGCUCGAUCCCACGACACGGCCAGCGAAACGAAAUGGUCUUCUAUAUCCAACCGAGAGGAGGAAUCACUGCUAGGCUUGCUGCGAUUGCUCGGAAAUCUCCGGAGGCAUCUGUUCGAGUACUGCUCGACGGUCCGUACGGUGGCGUUACGGAUCGAUGGUUCGCUGGCUUCGACCGAACGCUCAUUGUUGCUGGGGGCGCAGGCGCAGGAUUCUCUUUGCCAAUGGUGGAGCACUUUCUACAACGACAAUACGAAGGGACCGCAAACCCCGAGAUGGAAGUUAUUGUGGCAACCCGUGAUCUGGAGUUCCGGGAAUGGUACUGCAGAGCAUUAGACGACAUUAUUGCUCGACAUUCCCUUGCCGAGAACACAACGACGCCAUGUAUUUCGAUUUCUUUCCAUGAGACCGGAACUUCGGUGCAAAACAGGUCGACGUCGUCAAAUCCAGAAUCUCCGACAUAUGAUGGAGACAAGGAGGUGAUUGAAACACCCGGGAAGUCUUCUGAUUCCGAAUGGCAAUCGCCUUCUGGGCUGGUCAGUCUACGCACAUUCAACGGACGACCAGAUGUGUCCGCAAUUUCCAGGCGAGCCAUUGAGCAACCAGGGAGCGUUGGCUUAGUGGUCUGUGGUCCGGCAUCAUUGGUCUUUGACUUGGGUCAAGUUGCGGCCGAAGCCCAGAAACGUAUUCUGCAAGGCGGAGGUGGUGCCAGGGAGGUCUGGUUCUACAAGGAAAACUUUUCAUAUUGAAUGCACUCGCAUGCCGCAAAGACAACUUCCAGUUGCCAGCGUUGCACUAAGUACUAGAAUACACGUUUUUGUCGCCCAAUUUGUUGCCGUUAAUUGUACUGAACUUUUAUACCAUCCGGAAUUAGGCUUGAUCCCACCCCAACCACUUCCUGUGAUCUUGAAGGUACUCGUGCCGUGAUCAUCCCUGGUGGGACGCGAUCCUACUAUCUAGCGCUAUGAAAUCAAUUGAAUAAUCCAUGUCGUUUAAUAUAGA